CGACAGGUAAAUACACUCGUACUUAUCUUUAACUUUACUGCCAUACUUCCCUGAAUAACCGAUGUAGUUACAAACUGGAACUAUUUUUUUUUCUUGAACUCUUUGUUUCAAUGGAUAUACAACAAGACGUAACGAUGUAGUGCUGUGUAGCAAACGAUGGCACGUGCCUUACCUCUGACCUUGAACCAGUAGGUACAUGAGUGAUACAGAACAAGAUGUAGCCCAAGCUGUUGUGUCUACCGCGCUUCCGUGUUGCUUUUCCCCUGUGGUGACUGAUGUUAAUGUUUCCAGUGAAGAAGCCAGCCAUGUUUGUAUAUCUUCAGACAACGGUUCAUCAAAUGUGUCAUACUCUCACGAUUUAACAACUGAUCAGACUUUCAACACUAUACAUGCAAGCGCUUACGAAGAUAUAAGUGAUAAUAGUUUACGCCCAGACAUUUCACCAGAAGGCACUGUUGAAAAUGUCAAAGUUAAUGAAUCGGAGAUAAAGAAGCCUGCUCUAUUUGACGCAAACUCCCAGAACGUUUCAGAACGUUCAGGACAACCCCUUAGCACUGACACCAAGAAUGCUAUUGGUGAAAACGCUACACAAGUAAAAGAAAUACCAUCUUCCAAAAACCUAACUUCUCCUGUCAGUGGUGUCUCGGACUCACAAACUGCCUUUUGUUCAGCUUUAAACGUUAAACAGACAAGUGUUGUUUCAACUCCAGGUUCUGAUGUGAAAUUACUAUUUGUUGAUUCAUCUAAUGAACAAAAUGUUAACAAAAUACAAAGUCAGUAUCAAUUAAAGGACUCUCUUUCAAACGAGGGAAUAGAAACAAAGGAUUCCCUUUAUAACGAGGACUAUUUUUCCGAAUCAACAGAUGGUACUUUGCAAAAUUCUGAAGAGUCAAGUGAACCUGAAGAAUCUCUUGUAGUUACGAAACAAGACUAUUCAAACGUUAUUGUCACAAAGUGUGGUAAAAUGGGAAACAAACAAGCGCAGACUUCUAAAGUCCGAAGUGAUGAUGAUACUCCGGACGACGGUAGAACAAAGUGCUGCGAAAUACCGAAAAAGAAAAUUAAGGAAAAAAGUGGCAGAUCAAACAGAGCCAGCCGAAGUGAUGACCUCAACUUCGAUUCAAACGAGGUCUAUCCUUUUGAAGGAAGAUCUCGCAGUGAACAAGAAAUUAAUGAACCUGUUGAGCUAGAACCAUUUGAAAUUGUAGAAACGGAUGAUAUAAAAUUUGUACCAGGAGCAGGUACAUCCGAUGUAAUAAAAUCUGUAAGUGAACCUAGGUUUACAACAAUAGCCGAAGAACCACCACUUUCUGAAGACGUCCAAGAUCCAGCAUCAUCUCUUAGUGCUGAAGAAACAAAAUUAAAGGUCCCAUUCUAUGUUGAUAAAGGUAAUAGACUUAUAGAACCUGGAACUGCAACUGCUCAUUCAACUUUUGAAUUCAAACAAGUGAAACCGAAAACAAAGUUCAGUGCUUUAACAUCUGAUCAACUUCAGCACAAUUAUGAAAAUGUAGAUAGAAUAGAUGAAUCGCACACGGAGUCUAAAGAAAGUGGUCGAAAAACAUCUUCAAGUAGCUCUAAAUCAAGCUCAAGCUCAAGUAGCAAAGAUGUCAGUCGAAAGAACUCUAAGGACGCAAUACCAAAACCUUCAAGAAAAGGAAAGAGUAAAACUUCAGAUGCAGUCGGGGAGAGUAGUGUUGUACGACGAGAAGACGAGAAAAAGAAAACAAAAAUAGAAAAAAGCCAAAACACACAGUCUGUGCGAGACAGCGAAAUUGACCGAAAAAUAGACAGCGUUUUAAUGCUCACUCAAACAAUGUUCUCACAAACCAAAGUCACAGAAAAUCAGGAAAAGAAACAGGACAAAGAUCAGUCCCAAGCUGUUGUUUUAAAUCAGUAUGAAAAUGUAAAUGUUUGUGCAAAGUUAGAACCAACUGGAAUAGUCAUAACUCAUAAGGAUACACAACCUGUCCUCACAAAAAAGGAAAAUACCAAGAAUGACAGGGUAGAAACAAAAUGCGUUGGAAAUAAUUGCAUAGAACCAAAAGAAACUGUAGAAGUGAAAACCAAAAGACAAAAUAUUCCAAGAUUAUCAAAGGAUAUUGUUGAAAUUUCGGACAGUGGUACGCUUAUUAUAAAAUCAUUGGCAGACUUGCCAUCUGCAGAACCAUCCGAACAGGCUGGUGAUGAAAAAAGUGAUGAACAUAGCCGUUCCGAAAGCUUGAGUGAAGAUGACAAUAAUGACAAUACUGAUGUUAAAGUACCAUAUGAAACAAUAGACCGCCUUUCUACAGAAAUCAAGAAGGAAAAUAUUGAAUCGCCAAGUAUAACAGAAGAAAAAGAACUCACUAUAGAAAAGGAACACGUACCGCCACCAUCACCAUUGGUUUUGGGAGCCUUAGAAGAAGAAGCAGAAGAAGAGUUUGAAGAUGCUGAUGAUGAUAUCGACUUUAGGGAGGAAGACAGACGAAAAAGUGAGAUUUUGGAAUUCACUGAAAACGUUUGCAAAAGAUUGUCACACUUGCUGGAAGUAAUGCCUGACGAGGAUGACGAUGAAGUCAGAAACGAAACUAUAAAUAGCCCAGAACAGGAACGUAAAAUGUACGAAGAUCACAUAUAUGAAACAAUUGAUGGUUCUACUAAAAUUGCAGAAUAUAAAGAAUGUUCAAACUCCUGCGACUUAAUAAAUGAGAAAGAGGUUAAAAACAACGAAUUAGGGUCUAAAUCUACAGAAGAUCAGAUCUUAAUACUUUCAACAAGAAGUGAAUCAUCUAGUACUCUCAAACGAACAUCGGGAGAUUCUGAAAUUUACAACCAACAAGAAAUGCAGCGAUCUUCUCUUUCAGAUGAUGAACUACCUGACUAUUUCGAUCCAAGGGAAAUACCGCCCCCGAAACGAGAUUCUGAAAUACUAUGUGACGUGUUAGAAUCUUAUACAGAUGAUAUUGUGCAAAUCGAUGAUUUGCCAUCGCAAGAAGUUUCAGAAAUUUUAAAAUCAAAUAAACUGAAUUUCGAAGGUCUCCAGUGUGACAAAACUGCCUUAGAUAAUAAAGGCAAGGAUUUUUCGUUACCUAUACAAUCUUUCGAAACUGACCUGAUAAAUGAUACACCAGCACCCAGUAUAACUGAAGAUCUUCGAGACAUAACACCUACUGCUGAAGCUCAUCCGAAACUUACAGCUCUUCCAGAACUAGCUAAGGCAGAGGAAGAAUCACUAGUGCAAUUUGAAACUUCCGGUCGGCAAUCUGCCACGUGCACUGAAUCUGACCUUGACAUUUCUGAACAUCGAGAUGACCUUAGCACAGACAGUAUGCUGGCUGAUGAUGAGGCAGAAGAAACUAUGGAAAUUCUGUUCACAAAGACUUACACAGAGCCUGUAGAGGGAGCUGAAGUAUUCCUCAGUUGCACUGUAGUUAACAGUGCAUAUAAAGAUGAACAGAAGAAAAGUGAAACUUGGCUCUCAGAUGAAGCGUUAGAGUAUUUGGAAGCAAAUGCAUCAGAAGUGAUGUCUACUGCCUUCUUGAAGGCUAAAAAGGAAAUGAAAGACAUCCAAGUUUGCUUACAGAGCUUACGUCAACAGAUGGAACACUUUCAUAGUGACUGUGACGAUAUAAGUCUCCCAGAAAUCCCUGUCGACUCUCUCUCUCCGGACUACUUCGGUGUCCCUAUGAGGAAAGCUGUAACGGACUAAUUGACUUUUUUCUUGCUUGUUUUACAAAUAUUUCAUGUUUAAUUUCACUCACUUUAUCACUUUCAGCGUCAUAUUUACAUUCUAUGUCAAAUUUUAUGGAAAUGAGUAUGUUGAAAAGUUUCACCAAAGUAGCAUAAAUUGUAUAGUAAGUUUUUUAUAUUUUUAAUCAUUUUAUUUAUUUCAUAGGUCAUUAUUUUUGUAUAUUACAUUUGUGUUAUUUAUUUCAUUGUUAAGCUUAAUCAAGUAACGGAAACUCGUGCGGAUCUGGUUGGUAUUUCUAGGGUUUUCUGUAAAAAAAUGGUUUGAUUAUCAUUUCAUUAUAUACAGUGCAACCUCUCCAGAGCGUCCCUCUCUUAAGCAAAAACCUCUAUAUAACAAUAUCAUCAAAAUUUCCCUAAGCUGAAAUAUACUAUCAAGUUAACCUCUGCAGAACAACAUCCUCUACAUAACAGUCAAUACUUGUAUCUCCCAAAGGGUGUUGCUCUACAGAGGUUGCACUGUAUUUUAAAACUGGUAUCGUUAUUCAUGUAUGUAUGUAUUCAUUAAUCAGAUUUUGAAACUUGGAUCAUGAUUAUGUCUUUAGCUAUUUUGUCUUCUAGUUUCUUUUAUAUACAGCAGAAUAUGUUAACGAUACAGACUUUUCUGUUUAUAUGCUAACAAAUAUGUGUAAGAUGGAUCAUUUUGCUAUUAUAUACAUGGCUUUAGUAAACAGUAUAGGUCAGUUUUUCCAAUUAAGCUCUAGCAUCUAUAAAAUGAAAUUGAAUUCUUUUACCAUAAAUAUGUUGUGUAUAAAUUUUUACUGCAGUCUUUACUAUAUCAUAUUAUUUUCAUUCAUCUGUAGACUUUAUUUUUGAAUAAUGUAAUAUUAUUUGCAACGAUCUUUAUGAUGAGUUACAAGCAAUGAAAAUGUUUAAGCAUUAUAAUAAUAAUACUUAAGGACGCAUGCGGCAGUUUUCCCAAUAAUAGAAUUUGUUCAAACUUUGUAUAUGAACAGAGUGUCAUGUUAGAAACGGAAUUUUAAAAAAUCGAAGGUCAUCAUGCUUGUUCAGGAGUUAUCUACCCUUGAAUAUGCAAAUUUGAAGAAAAAUCCAGUUUUAAGGGCAGAUAACUCCCAAACAACCACGGUGACCUAUGAUUGUUUUUGCAUGUUUCUGUUUCUAACAUGAAACUGUGUUCAUAUACAAAGUUUGAACAAAUUCUAUUAUUGGAAACUUUUUGCCCCAUCUCUCAUACAAGAAACUGCAGCAAGUGUCUUUAAACUAAAACAUUUAUAUAAAGCCUCCAGCACAUACAUAUUCGGAGCUUUUCUGGUAUUAUCGUGUAUAUUUAACAAAUAAUCAAGGCCUUCGAGUGGUUUAUCGUCUAGUUUACCACGGUUCUGAGUUCAGAUGCGUAGGAAUUGAACCACGAGGGCGUUAGCCCGAGUGGUUAAAUACUGAAGCAUCUGAACGAUGAACCGUGGUAAAUCAGACGAUAAAUCACAAGAAGGCCUUGAUUGUUUUCAUUCUGACAUGCUCAUUGACAUAUUUUAAUAAAUAUUAUGCUGGACUUCAUUUACCCGAGGAGUAAUGUAUCGGACGUCAUGCGGCAAUUUGACGUCAUAAUUGACGUCAUAAUGAUCUCUUACCGGUCCGCGCGCGUCAACCGUUGUUUAUCGCAGAAUAUACAGAGCUUGAAUUCCUUCUUUGUUUAACUGGAAAUCAAAUCGAGUCAUGUUAGAAUUUAGGUUAUAUGUGUUCGGUUCACUGUAAAACAUGCCGCCUUUGUCAAAUCAUUGCAUUGUCACAGCACAGGACAGAAUACAUGUCUCGUUUA